UGCAACUAAUUUCGAAGGAAAGCAGUCUGCGCGCUCUGUUCAGUUUCCAUGGCGGCGGCGGCGGCGGCGGCAUUUUCUUCGUCUGCUCCCUCACCAACUUCUCCUUCAAGACUUACCACUGUUUCGUCUUCGUCUUUACCCUCCUCACUCUCACUUUCUAGAGAUUUCCACAAAGCUCAGUUGCAGGCCCAAUUUAAAUCGUCGCCGAGAAGAAAUCUCUGUGUCUGCGCGUCCUCCCUCCCUCCCAGCGAUUCUGUCGUCACUCUGCUCGAUUACGGAGCUGGCAAUGUCCGUAGCGUCAGAAACGCCAUUCGCCAUCUCGGUUUUCAGAUUAAAGAUGUGCAAACACCAGCCGACAUUCUGAAUGCAGACCGGCUCAUCUUCCCUGGCGUGGGGGCAUUUGCACCAGCCAUGGAUGUGCUUAAUAAGACUGGAAUGGCUGAAGCUCUAUGUGCAUACAUUGAGAAGGACCGUCCAUUUCUAGGAAUCUGCCUUGGACUUCAGUUACUUUUUGAGUCCAGCACAGAGAAUGGUCCAGUGACUGGUCUCGGCUUAAUCCCUGGUGUGGUUGGGAAGUUUGAUGCCUCAAAUGGGUUCAGAGUGCCACAUAUUGGUUGGGAUGCUUUGCAAAUUGCUGAAGACUCUGAGAUUCUGGAUGAAAUUGGCAACCGCCACGUGUAUUUUGUCCACUCUUACCGGGCACUGCCGUCAGAAGAAAAUAAAGAGUGGAUUUCCUCCACUUGUAAUUAUGGCGACACAUUUAUUUCAUCUGUCAGAAGGGGAAAUGUGCAUGCGGUUCAGUUCCAUCCAGAAAAGAGUGGAGAUGUUGGUCUUUCAGUAUUGAGAAGGUUCUUACUUCCAAAAUCAUUUCCGCCCAAGAAGCCAACUGACGGGAGGGCAUCAAAGCUUGCAAAAAGGGUAAUUGCUUGUCUUGACGUGAGGGCAAAUGACAAAGGAGACCUGGUUGUGACCAAAGGAGACCAGUAUGAUGUUCGGGAGAAUACAGAAGAGAAUGAGGUGAGAAACCUGGGCAAACCAGUAGAGCUAGCCGGGCAGUACUACUUAGAUGGGGCUGACGAGGUUAGUUUUUUGAACAUCACUGGCUUCCGUGACUUCCCUUUGGGCGAUUUGCCGAUGCUGCAGGUCUUGAGGAACACUUCGGAAAAUGUUUUUGUACCAUUGACUGUUGGAGGUGGCAUUAGAGAUUUUACCGAUUCAACCGGCAAGUACUACUCCAGCUUGGAAGUUGCUUCAGAAUAUUUCAGGUCAGGAGCUGAUAAGAUUUCCAUAGGAAGUGAUGCUGUUUAUGCUGCAGAGGAAUACUUAAUAACUAAAGUUAAGACAGGAAAGACCAGCAUUGAACAGAUUUCUAGAGUUUAUGGAAAUCAGGCUGUGGUUGUCAGCAUUGACCCUCGACGAGUGUACCUUAGUACUCCUACUGAUGUAGAGUUCAAGGCAAUAAAGUUAACAAACCCAGGUCCAAAUGGAGAGGAAUACGCCUGGUAUCAGUGCACGGUUAGUGGUGGUCGAGAAGGCCGGCCAAUUGGAGCAUAUGAACUUGCCAAAGCAGUUGAAGAGCUUGGUGCAGGGGAAAUCCUUUUGAAUUGCAUCGAUUGCGAUGGUCAAGGAAAAGGUUUCGACAUAGACCUGAUAAAGUUGAUAUCCGAUGCUGUCAGUAUCCCUGUGAUCGCCAGUAGUGGUGCAGGUGCUGCUGAACACUUCUCAGAGGUGUUCAAGAAAACCAACGCGUCCGCUGCAUUAGCUGCUGGCAUCUUCCACAGAAAGGAGGUCCCCAUUGGGUCUGUGAAAGAACACCUGUGGAAAGAUGGCAUUGAAGUCAGGAUCUGAUAUUCAAGAACUGCUUGCACCCCUUGGAGAUUUUUCAAUGCUCUCCAGACAGGUUCGCAGGAUGGCUUGAGCAACAAUCUUUGUUUUCAACAUGACUUGGAACAAGACUCCGUCACUCUGGGUUGAGAAUAGUGUUAUUGGACAUAGCUGCUGAGUAGUUUGGCAUCGUGUUUGAGGAAUGACGGUUUCGUUUUCGCUCAAGUACAUUCUUGACGUGCGUGAAGGGAACUGUUUGCCUCAUAAUGGCACUUGAUACUCGAAAUGAAGAUUUGGUAAAUUAAAAAGAGUUGCAAGUGUCUGGUGUUAGAAAGACAAACAUUAAGUCCUAACAGCGGAAUCACGACGGGUUAGGUCAAGAAUAGUAUUAUUUAUGCCCACCUCAAUUACGGGGAGUGGGUAUGGGUAUUAUCCGCUUCAAAACAAGCCGGGUAAAACGAGUUGGAUCAAUGCUGCAUAAUAGCACUUGAUACUCAAAAUGAAGACUGGUAAAUUAAAGAGUUGCAAGUGCUGGGGAAAGACGAGCAUUAGGUCCUGACCGUGGAUUCAAGACGGAUCAGAUCGAGGAUAGUAUUCUUCUGCCCAUCUCAACUAUGGGGUAUUCCGCCGAGUUGAAUACUCCAUCGUAUAAGCAGAGGCCAACAGGGAAAAUAAAUAUUGAAUCGCUACAAACCCGACUGUUCUUGAUCCAUGACCAAGUCGUGGCAAAAGCCGCUACUGUACUGACUACUGAGGACAAAACUCAACUUUUAUAUGGGCCAACAAACAGAACCCUACAAAACUUUGCUCAGGUCUCAAUGAAGUCUGCUGUUUAUUCUUUCUUGUCAAACGAACCCCAUACAUUAUAGGGGAUGGAGGAAGAGAAUUCACCAGUUCUUCAGCACCACCACAACUCUCUCUAGCUUAUGUCCUUAGACGUCAAGAAGCAGCCUGCGAGGAUCCUCAACCACAUCCUUGAUGCGGCGCAAGAAGAACACAGCCUCUCUCCCGUCGAUCAGCCUAUGGUCAUAGGUGAGAGCAACGUACAUCAUAGGCCUUGGGAGAACAUUGCCUCCAACAACCAUUGGGCGGCUCACAAUCGAGUGCAUCCCCAAUAUUGCAGACUGAGGAGGGUUGAUGAUGGGAGUACUCAAAAGGCUUCCAUACACACCGCCAUUAGAUAUGGUAAAUGAACCUCCUGCCAUCUCAUCAAUUGAAAUGGUCCCAUCAUUCGCCUUCUUUGCGAGGGUAUUAAUCUCCUUCUCAAUAUCAGCGAAAUUCAUGUUGUCAGCGUUGCGAAUCACCGGCACAACAAGUCCCUGGAAGAACCCCAAGCAGAAGGGGGGAAAAAAAGUCAUCAGCCAGUGACAGGGAUCUAUGAACAAAUAGAGCUUUCACAGGUAGAAUAGAUUAGAAUAGAUUAUAGAAUGUUUCUUCUACCAUUAAAACUUGGGAAGACACCCUGAUAUAGACAACCACCU